CGAGACCGUUUCUCAGCAACUAUACAUAAUAAGCAUGAUGGCAGCUUAAAAGAAUAACAAGCUUGUCUGAAAGUUUGGCAAAGGUAAGAACGCUUUUGGAAAUCAUGGAUCAAGAAUCGUGGUGCACCGUUGAGAGGACAGCCAGUCAAGACUGGAUACGUGCUGAAAGGAAACAUUACAAUAAAGCAUUUGACAGCAAGGUUUUUAAACAAGAUACAAUGUCGGAAAGUAAACAAGCAGCGAGGUUGACAAAUUUUAAUGCUGCUGAUCCCAGCCAUAGGGAAAGACGUCAUUUCCGUGAUAAAUAUGAAACACAAUUCAAAAUGUAGAUGAAGGAGAUUUUGUAUCAACCACCGUUCAAGACAUCGAAGACUUUGCGAUGUAAUUUUUUGUAUUCUUUUUAUAUAUAGCUAGCUAAAUACAUUUCUUUAAACUUC